AUGUCCACCAUUGCCAGUCCGCGAGACCACGCGUCGACGCCGAGCCGCCGCGUGCCCUCGGCCACCAACACGCCGACGUCGUCGACCCGGCCCUCCCUCGACGCCGCCCGCGCCGCCCCCGUCCCGUCGCCGCCCGUCCACAACGGCGUGCCCGCCGCCAAGCGCGCGAACCGCGCCGCCCUGCGCGAGUACUACAACCUGCGCGCCGCCGCCGCCGCCGCCGCUGGGGGCCUCGCGCCGCGCAUCGGCGUCGAGCUGCCCGACUCCGAGGUGCCUGUCGGCGAGGUGGACGUGCCCGGCUUCUGCGUGAGCGAGUACGUCGCCAGGGUCGUCGCCGAGAGCUCCCUCGAGGACCUGCUGCGGCUCUACACGCGCGUCGUCGGCGAGGUCCGCGCCCUCGACGCCGAGAAGAAGGCGCUCGUCUACGACAACUACAGCAAGCUCAUCGCGGCCACGGAAACGAUUCACAAGAUGCGAUCCAACAUGGACCCCCUCAACCCCAUGGCCUCGACCCUCAACCCGGCCAUUGCCCAGAUAUACAGCCAGGCAGCCGAAAUCCGCGAGGCCCUGCGCGCGUCCAUCCCCGCGCCCGACUCGGACGAGGGCAGGCGCAGCAGCGCCGCCCAGCGCCGCCAGCGCACCCGCGACCUCGCCGUCCGCGUUCUCGCCACCCCGCCGCGCCUGCGCCUGCUCGUCGCCGAUGGCAGGCGCGCCGAAGCCAAGACGCAAUGGGAGCGUGCGCGCCGUCUUCUACAGACGUGGCAGGAUCAGGGCCUCGGCGGCGACGACGAGGUCCGCGCCUGCAUCGAGGAAGGCGACGCCGCGGUGGCGGCACCGAGCAGCGACAGCCGGGCGUCCAACGACGGGCGGGACUCGACAUCAUGA